GCCGGGAACAGAUGCUAAUAUUGGUCGUCCUACUAUGGCUCCUCUUCAGCGUGGCUUGUGGUUGUGGAGAGACCAAGUCCCAAAAUGGGAAGAUCGUGGGUGGCAGUGGAGCGGACGCCAAGCAGUACCCAUGGUACGUAGCUCUGGUACAGGCCACAAGUAGCCCCGGCAACCUGGUGGUGGAUUGUGGUGCCUCUCUCAUCACCAAAUCACAUAUCUUAACAGCAGCGCAUUGUUACAGGGGUAUCCCAGCUCCUGCGAUGAAGAAUGCAUUUAAAGCAGUUUUUAUUCUGGAAAAUCGAUGUUCUGGACAAAAUAGAUUGAUAAAAAGGAUUUCGAAGGUGACUAUACAUCAAAAUUUCAACUAUAAUAGUCUGAAAAAUGAUAUUGCUGUAGCACAAUUAGAAUCAGCUGUUGAUUUCGAACCAGUAUGUCUUCCACCAACCAAUUCAAGAACUAGAGGCCAAGGAACAAUAAUUGGUUAUGGAAAUCUUGUAAACAAUGGACAAAAAUUUCCCUGCACUCUCCAAGAAGCUAAUGUCAAUGUUUAUUCAUGGAACAACUGCUUAAAGACUGGAAAUUAUAGAGAUAUAAUAAACCUUCCUAAAACAGUUUGUGCUGGAUUUAAAGCUGGUGGCAUAGACACUUGCAAUGGUGACAGUGGAGGUCCAUUAUUGCAAGUCAACAGUGCUGGAAACUAUUAUAUUAAAGGUAUAACUUCUUUUGGCCAUGGCUGUGGACUUCAAAAUAAUCCUGGAGUUUACACUGAUGUAUCUAAAUAUAUUCCUUGGAUUAGAAGAAAUGCAGGAUUAGCCAGAACAGCAAGAGAAACAACUCAAAAAAUAACAUAUACCAUAAAUUUUCUGUCAUUUCUUGGAAGCAUUAUUUCAUAAAUAAAGUUCCACCACAG